CAUUUGCUUUGUUCUCUCUGUUAUCUAAUGAUCUUGACUUUCUCCAAUCACAUCUGUUCUGAGCUGAUAAUGAGCGUAAGAAAUGGCCUUUAUUUCUGCAGACAGUUACCAAUCAACAAAUCAGCAAAGAAAAAAAAAAACGUGUCCUGGCUGUAUGUCCUAGCAUGUCCUUGUUGUUACAUAUGUGCUUUUCCAUAAGCAUGUCUUUGUUGUUAUAAAUUUUUAAAGUAUCAAAUGACUGUACUCUGGAAUCUCCCAGAAAUUCCUGUCUAAAACAAGCACAAGACUGUGAGUCCUCCAUUGGAAAAAAGGGGAAGCAGAAAGAAAUGAAUCUUUACCGUUUUCAUCACUUAAAUUUCUAGACUUAUUUGCAAUUAUCAAAAAAUGUUAAUAGUUCUGUCACCACUCUUAUUUGAUAAGGAUAUUUUGGAAUAAUGAUAUUGUUUAAAGUCUUAAUUUAAAUUCUUUAACACUUAAUGUAACACAUAAUGUAUCAUAUCCGCAAUGUCCAUUGAAAUGCAAGUCAUUCAAACGUCAAAAUGUUUGUUUUUAAUAUGAAUGUAUAACUAAUAAUCUUUAAAAAUCUCAAGUACUUUAAGGCAAAAGGUCAUUUAUCUGUCAGAUUGUGACUGUAUACCUCGUCAGUUAGUUUGUCUUUAGUUAGUUGAAUCAAGUACACACACCUGUAUCACUGAAGCACACUUUGCUAAGAAAAACAUAGUUAAGUGGAACAGGAUAUAGGUUUUUUUUUCUACCUGUUUUAGGGGAUCAGAUACUGGCUUUAGUAGUCACAUCCUGUGCAGUGAGACUUAACCGCAUUAACAACCAGGUCCCUCUCACUAGCCGCUUACUAACUUACUGUGAAGUGCAACCGCAUUUACUAAGAAGGACAUUUGAAAAGAUGGGUUUUUUUAAAGAUGUAUGCUCAGAUUUAGUCUCCAAUGUAUUUUAAUCUUGUACUUUAAGGCUAGAAAUAGCCUAUAUAUUCUAACAUUGACAGGAUACAAUGUAAACAAAUGAAAUACUGAACUAUAGGUUAAGUGUGUGUGGGGAUGUAGCAAGGGAGAAGAGAGACUAAUGUUACCUCAGAUAGCACAAGCACGUGUAGCUCCUCCCCUCUAUCCUUUGGUUCUAUUUUGAUGGAUGGUGAUAAGUCAUCAACACAUACUCAGUGAUUUUUCACACACAGGCAAUUUCCAUAUAAUCCACUCUGAUAUUCAAGGUGUUCUAGCUCAUAGCCAGAAAGGCGUAUUGCGCUGUUUUAAAGAAACCUCAAGUCAGGACUGUACCAACCCUGAGUAAUUCUGCGCUCAUUAUGAGAAGGAUUCUAUACCUAAUGGUCCCUAUGAAUGGACUUUUUGCAGGCUUUGUUGAGGGGAAUCAAGACUGCAGUUCAUGUUACCAGUUGGACAUUGGAGUGGUUGGGAUCAUCGCGUGUGACAUCAUCCUCACACUCCUCAUCGCUCUCUCAGUCUACUGUUUUGUUUCCCAUCAGAAAAGAAGCGGCAGUUUACAGGCGCAGACCAGUUUCUAUGGGUCAGGCAAAGCAAAAAAUCACCAGCCAUCAAUGAGGUCAAAGACAAUUGAAGUAGAAUCACCAUAUCAGGAACUUUAUGGAGUCCAAUCAGAUAUAUACAGUGAUCUUCAGCAGUAUCGGAAAUGAGGUGACUGUAUGACAUAAUGGUAAUAAUGGAUCACGUACAAGAAUUAGAGAUUGCAUAAGUUCAUUAAGUUGUCAAACUGCAUCUGUGUAUUUACCCCUAAAUAAGCUAUAGUACUUGAUUUAUGCAAAGAAUUGUUUUAUUAUUUUGAUUGGUUGUGGCAUACAUAUAAAAACAUGAAUAUAAAUAAAUAAAUGUUCAUAGUUUAUGGAAAUGAAAUGAUCUUCAAGAAUUUGUUUUCUAAAUUUUUUAAUAUAGCUGUCACAGUUGUUGUCAUUUUUAUUUAUUUAUAAUAUAUCUUUGUAAUAAUCUAUAUCAGAAUAGAAUUCCCUUGCUCUUCAUGUAUAAAUAAAUAUGUUUUAUUUUGA